UCUGCAUGCCAUCUUACCAGAUUUAAAUUGAUGAUCUAUAAUCCAGAAAAACCCUAAUCUGGAAUCGCCAAAGUCCCGACGAGUCCGUAUUACGGACUUUGUACUGUAUCUUAUUCCAGAUCAUCUGGAACAGGUAUGUAUGCUCAAGCAUGCCAUCCAACCUUACAGCAACAAUGGGGAUGCUUAUAAUUCAAUUUAUCCACAAUUAAACUUUCAGAAUACUGGUAUUAUACAGACAAACAAUAUCAGUAAUGUAGAAUAAUAUCAAACUGAGGCUGGUAGACAAAUAUAAGAAAUUUAAAUUUGUUUGAAAUCUUAAGAAACUCAAUAAAAGUCCAAAAUUCUGUUCAUCAGGCUUUCAACAUAAGGAAAAUAAUGAAAGUGAAUUGUCAUUAAGUGAUUGAACCAAAAACAAGAUGGCAUAAAUAUGCAAAAACUUCUUUUUUUUUUUUUUUUUUUUUUUUUUUUAAGGACUGUCAGCUUUAUUUUAAUACAUACAAUAUCUAUUCUUCAGUUCCUUUAUGUAAGUGCAGAUCAUGUGACAUGAUUAAUUUACAUAUAGAUAGUUCCUCCCUUUUUAAGAUUACCUACUUAAUUUUUGUAUUUUGCUUGUUAUAUGUUCAUAUUAUACUGUGCCACAUAUUACUGAGAUAAUUGUAACUCAUUUUUCUUAAGUAUUGCCUUAUUGAUUCUUUUCCAAAGCUGCAUUUUGUUGUUAAUUUUUACAAGAGAUGGUUCUGCUACAACUGACUUUAAAAAAUGAAUUGUAAGGGAACGAGCAGGUGCUGAAAUCUCUUUAUUGUCAUCCAGGUACACUGACAAUAGCAUUAAUAGAAAAAGAGUUCAGAGCACUUUUGACAGCUAAAGCCCUGUCUUAGCUAUAACUUUGUUGCUGUGGGUGAAAUUGCCAAUGAAAUGUUUUAAAAUAACAUUUCUGGAACUUGACUGCUGUCUUCCCAAAGACUAGUAGUAGUAGAGUAGAUUUCCAUUAGGAUCUCUGUUAUGAGAAAAUCUUUGAGAGGUAUUUGUCCUGUUGCUUAUUAACUAAUUCUUUUAUUUCUUUGUUUAUCCCAGUAAAGUCAGCAAUGUGAAUCAAAUAAGUGUUUACAUCAUUUCCUUUUUUAAUGGUAGAAUGUUUUAGAGUCACUAUCAGUGAUUUUGGUAGGUUAAAAUGUCCAAGCGUUUUGCACAAGAUAAAGGAAUGUGCAAGCAAUUUUCAUGAGUGAUACAUUUUUUCUGGUAUCAAUUUUUCAUUAAAAAGAACAUGAGCCAUUUCCUUCUGAAUUAACUCUUUGUGUAAUAUAUGAUAUAUGAUAUGAUCACAUGUGCAAAAUUAUUGGUGCUGUAAUUUACCAUUUGAUAAAUCAGUUCUUCGGAGUUUUUAUGGUUAUACAAUGCUAAUGUCAUGUGCUAGAUCUGGGAAAAAAAAUUCAUUCCAGUUGCAUCAGUAAGCAUUUAGCAGAUAAACAAACAAACUGUUUGAUAAUGGUGCCUGGCUUUGAGCCAGCAAGAUAAGCCAAAGGGUUAAACAUGAAGCAAAUCAGUAUAAAAUCGGUGACAAUUUCUUGAAUAAUUUUUAGAUAGCCUUUGACAAGAUUGCUAUUAUUUGCUCCUAUUAUUGAUGUCCUGCUAUGGUGAUAAGCAUAUGUUCUUUCCAUUUGGCAAGUGAUUUUUUAUUGUGUUACAAAAGUUAAAUUUCAUCAUUCUUUAAAAAUAGAGCUUAAAUAAUGUCCAGGUUCUUGUUAGUAUCCAGUGCUAGCUCUUAGCUCUAUUCUCUAAGGAAAAUACUUAAAACAAACCUUUUUUCAUCAAUAGCAAGUAUCUGAUGGAUUUCGCAGGAGGGUAUCUGACGGCAGAUACCAUUAAUCAAAAUCUGAGACACAUGGAAUUUCCUUGGCCAAGUCCUGUCGUAUCUCGGGGAAAUGAAAUCGAAAGGGAAAUUAAGAAGGGAAAAAAAUUUACUUUUGAAGAAGUCAUCCAUGCUCACGCUGGGGAUCCUCAAGGAAUGGGACAGAAACCUGUGACUUUUUUUCAGCAGGUUGUAUCACUAUGCUUUAAUCCAAGUCUUCUGCAAAGUCCUUCCUUCCCAUCUGAUGCAAAGCAGAGAGCCAUGACCAUCUUAAAACAUUGUAGAGGAUGUAGCACUGGUUCAUACACUGAUUGUUCUGGAAUGCUGGUUGUUCGUCAACAAGUGGCUGAGUUUAUUCAAAAUAGAGACAGUGUUCCAGCGUCGUAUGAAGACAUAUUUCUCUCAAAUGGAGCUACGGAUGCUAUAAGGGUUGUACUUUCUUUGUUUAACAACAGCGCAACUACAAAACCACCUGGUGUAAUGAUACCGAUACCACAAUAUCCUCUGUUUUCUUCAACUGUAGCGGAAUAUGGUAUGUACCAAAUCAGUUAUUACUUAAACGAAGAAAAGCAGUGGGCACUGGAUGUUGAAGAGUUACAAAGAGCCAUUAAUUUAUCUAAGCCAUAUUGUGAACCUAAAGUUUUGGUGAUCAUUAAUCCGGGUAAUCCAAGUGGUUUUGUUAUGUCGCAAAAUGAUAUGCAGAAUGUCAUCAAAUUUGCUUAUGAAGAAAACCUUCUCAUUUUAGCAGAUGAGGUAUACCAAUAUAAUGUUUAUGAUUCAGAUUUAAAGUUCUUUGCUUUCAAGAAAGUCAUGAAGGAAAUGGGUCUUCCAUUCAGUAACAUCCAACUUGCAUCUUUUAUGUCUGGGUCCAAAGGAUACAUGGGAGAAUGUGGAACAAGAAGCGGAUAUUGUGAAAUUGUGAAUCUUGAUAAUGACGUAAAAGAAAUAUUAAUGAAAUUACUAUCUGUAAGAUUAAGCCCAAAUUUGCAUGGUCAGAUAAUUAUGUACUGCAUAACGAAUCCACCGCAACGAAAUGAGCCUUCCUAUGAGCUUUUUGAACAGGAAAAGACUAGCAUUUUACAAUCUCUUAAGGAAAGGGCCCAGUAUUGCUAUGAAAAGUUUAAUAGUGUUGAAGGUUUAUCCUGCAAUAAAGUAGUUGGAGCUAUGUACGUAUAUCCAAAGAUCGAGCUUUCAAGGAAAGCCUUAAAAGGAGCGCAGGUAAGAAAUGUUCUUUUAAUGUUAGGAAUCACUAAAAUUCACAUUAACUGAGAAUCACAUCGAAGUUCUAAAGUUGUUUACGCAAAUCAAGAACACUAGGUGUUAUGUAAGGGAGGCUUUCGUGGAGGUCUUUCUAAGCAAAACUGACCCAUAUUCACGUUACACAUGGGAAAAUCACGAUAAAUUCUAAGCCAUCGGCCCAUUCGAUAGAAUUUAAACUCAUAUCGAACCAGUGAUCAGCAGUUUUAUUUGCUCCGUCACAUACAUAAAGAGAUAAAAUAAAAUUUUAUCAUUAAACACACAAAUUACUUUUACAAGCAACUGACAACAAUGAAAAUUUAAUGGCAAAUAUAAAAAAUAUAGUAAAUGUAACGGAGUUUUAUUUAUACGACUCUCUCCGGAUCGUUAUCAACCCAUGUAUUAAAAGAAUUUGAUUCUAAAAAUUUCGUUAGAGGGCAGUACUUAAUGUUUAAAUGAUACAUUAGCUUGAGACAAUUUUCAGAUUUGAAGUAAUACAGCUUAUAGUCGUCAGAACGGUCCUUAGCAUUGCCUUCCCCAACCAAAAAAAAAAAAAAAAAAAAAAAAAAAAAAAAAAAAAAAAAA